AUGGGCGCGUCCGAUUCCAAGCUCAGCUUUAAGCAGGGCAUCUUCCGCCUAGCGGAGCCCAAGCAGAUUCCCGCUGACGACACAUACUGGACCGGUUUUUGGGAGCUGCCCGAGUCGACUGAGGAUGUCUUCUCGCUGUUCUCGCCCGCCGACAUCCGCCGCACGCGCGACAGCAACCUCGCAAACCUUGAGACGCUUAUCCUCGCCGUGACGUCGCGCCUCUGCGUGCUGCGCAAUCACCCCUCCUUCCCCGAUCCAGAGAUUGCGCCUGAGCGCGAUGCUCUCAACUGCAUACGCGUGCUCACCCGUAUACUGCCCUUCCUCUAUGAGGCCGAUCACCUUGGUGCCUGGGAAGACAAGUUCUUCUGGGGCGCCCGCCGAAAGCGCAGCCGCCGCGGCCAAUUGCGAACCGAGGUGCUCUUCGACGAGGCCGACCCCGAGCAGACGCCCACCGAGCAUGAACCCGAGUUCGAGCAGGCAAAGCCGCUGGCCGAGGACAUCAUCGACACCCUGAUCGACUUGCUGUUCUUCUCCGACUUUACCCUCCCCAAGGUGCCUACCGGCAAGAACAAGGUCACGUACGCGAUUUGGCAGAGCGGCGUGGGUUGCAACACGCCCAUUGCUUCUACAAAGGAGUUCGAAAACAACAGGACCGAAAUUCUUCGACUCCUUCUCACUCUGGCAAGCAAAUCCAUGUACAUGUCUGCAAACGUGCUACCCGUAACGGGUGUCAAAUCAAUAACGUACAUGGCAACUUGCUCCGAUAAACAAGUGGUGCUGUCUGUUCUCUGCUCGCUGCUGAAUACCACUCUGAAAUAUAACCCCGCUUCGUGGCGGGUGCCCUACGACCAUGUCGUGUUCAAAGACCAGAAACAGAUCCUCGUCACAUACUGCCUACAAUUGAUGCUGGUUCUCAUACUGUAUCCUAUCCCGGAACCGGGCACCGGAACACCACCCCGGAAUUCUUUUAGAUAUUUUCUUGGACGCUUGCAUCGGCCACAAGACUUUCAAUUCCUGGUCGAUGGGAUGACAAGGAUACUGAACCAACCGCUACAAGCGACGUCUACAUACCUUCCAGGAAGCCACAAGUCGCUGACAUGGGCACCCGAGAUGAUCAUGCUUUUCUGGGAAACUUUGCAGUGUAACAAGCGCUUCCGGUCCUUCAUCAUCGAUACCGACAGAGCCCAUGACUUUGUCGUUCUGGUAUUGUAUUAUGCUAUCGAUCAACGCAACGACCCCACCAAGCAAGGUCUCGUAAGGAUGUGCAUUUUUGUCCUACAGACUUUGAGCGUGGAGUCUCAUUUUGGCAAGAGCUUGAAUAAAACAUUUGAGGGACAAGAGUCGUUACCAGCCAGCAUCCGGAUCACCAACUUUCAUGGCACCUAUGCCGACUAUCUUAUCACAUCGAUCUACACCCUACUCACAACUAGCAAAGGGAAGCUGGAUGCCAUCUACCCAGCGUUAUUGGCCAUCAUCCAGAAUAUCGCGCCCCACGUGCAGAAUUUGGGCAGAGCUCCGAGCUCAAAACUCCUCCAACUAUUUGCGUCAAUGUCCUCACCCAGCUUUCUUUUCGCAAAUGAGACCAAUCACACGCUAUUGCAAUCGUUACUUGAAGCUCUGAAUGCGAUAAUCGAGCACCAAUACCAGCAUAACCCCAACCUGGUUUAUGCCAUCGUAAGGUCACGGAAACGGUUUCAAGCGCUCCGGAACUUUACCUUGGAAAGUGGACAAGAAGAGAUUGAACGCCAAAAACAGUUGAAGAAAGAGAACAGCGGGGAACGCCCCCGAGCGGAUUCAAUCGACAGCAUGCGGAGUCCGACCAUGUCACGUACACCUACGUUGAGCAACGUUCCUGAGGAGAGCAGUGCUUUCGCUAUCGGUGACGAUGACGAUUCCGAUGAUGAGGAUCACCAACCAACGGCGAAUCCGCAAUCACCUGUACAUGCUCCCUCAGGCGCUUCUAGGAGUGGUUCGAUAGCAUCAUCAAUAGACGAGUCACUACCCCCGCAACUACGAGGAAUGUCUGAGAAGGCACGUGGAAAAAUGCCUGUUGGUCAACCUGCGUUCUCGCGGCAGAACAGCACGACUAGCCUCAGUAGCAUUGCAACUCCUGCACUAGGCACGGCUGAGUUCUUCGCGCCUUCCCCUGCAUGGAUCGAAAGCUGGCUCCCAGAGUUGCCACUGCACACGAUCCUCAUGCUGAUAUCCGAAUUGGGUCCCAAAAUUCCCAACACAGGCUCCUCAACCGCCGACACAGCAGCCGCACUAAGGACCAUCCGCGAAAGCGAAGUCCGCGGUAUCGAACCCUCCCCCUUGAAAAACUACUCCUUCGAGUGGUCGCCCCUUUCCAUGGGCUGGUACGAGUCCCUCCUCUGGGGCUUCAUCUUCGCAGGCGAAAUGUUGGUGUCCAAGGGCACGGCGGGCGUGUGGAACAACACGAGUAUUCGGUUGUUUAAGGUGCAGGAGGCGGCGGCCCAGGCGCCGAGUUUGCUAGCGCCCAGAGGCGCCGUGGACGCCGUGGGUAGCACGAUCGUGCAGAGGAUUGGAAGUCUUAAUCUGAGGGACCGGGCCACUCAGAUGGCGCAGGGGGGUGCGACUGGAGGUGGCAAUUCCGGGGAGAGACCGAGUACGGUUAGAGAGAUCUAG